GCUACCUGAGCCGUACAGCUGUGCAGCUCGGAGGCUAGCAGGCGAGCUAACAGGCUAGAAGAGCUCGGAUCCGUGGACAAAACAAGACGUCUCUCGACUCUCUGACACUUCUCGGCCAGCAUGGGGAAAGGCGGAGGCACGUUCGAGAGGCUUCUCGAUAAAGCCACCAGUCAGCUGCUCCUGGAGACGGACUGGGAAUCCAUUCUGCAGAUCUGCGAUCUCAUUCGACAGGGAGACACACAGGCUAAAUAUGCUAUUGGGGCCAUUAAGAAGAAGUUAAAUGACAAAAAUCCACAUGUGGCUCUUUAUGCGCUUGAGGUUCUGGAGUCGGUGGUGAAGAAUUGUGGGCAGACGGUUCAUGACGAGGUGGCGAGCAAACAAACGAUGGAGGAACUGAAGGAUCUGCUGAAGAAACAGACUGAACCAAAUGUCAGAAACAAGAUCCUCUAUCUGAUCCAGGCUUGGGCUCACGCCUUCCGGAACGAACCCAAAUACAAGGUGGUUCAGGACACUUAUCAGAUCAUGAAGGUGGAAGGUCAUGUCUUCCCCGAGUUCAAAGAGAGCGAUGCCAUGUUCGCCGCCGAGAGAGCCCCGGACUGGGUCGACGCUGAGGAGUGCCACCGGUGCAGAGUCCAGUUUGGAGUCAUGACAAGAAAACACCACUGUCGAGCCUGUGGCCAGAUUUUCUGCGGCAAGUGUUCGUCCAAGUACUCCACCAUCCCCAAGUUUGGCAUCGAGAAGGAGGUGCGCGUGUGCGAGCCCUGCUUCGAGCUGCUGAACAACCACCCCUCCCUGUCUCCUCCCCUUAGGAAAGCUGAAGGAAAAGCCCCCUCCACCGGCUCCGCCGAGCUGCCCCCCGAGUACCUGACCAGCCCGCUGUCCCAGCAGUCACAGAUGCCCCCGAAGAGGGACGAGGCGGCGCUGCAGGAGGAGGAGGAGCUGCAGCUGGCCAUCGCCCUGUCCCAGAGCGAGGCGGAGGAGAAGGAGCGCAUGAGACAAAAGAACUCGUACUCCAUGUAUCCCAAAACGGAUCCCACCCCGGUGACUUCCUCCGCACCGCCCGUCAGCACCCUCUACACCCCCCCCGUGAACUCCUCCGCUCCAUCAGCUGAGGACGUAGACCCUGAGCUGGCGCGUUACCUGAACCGGACAUACUGGGAGAAGAAACAGGAAGAGGCUCGCAAGAGUCCCACGCCGUCGGCCCCCGCCCCCGUGCCGAUGGCCGAGCCCCUCCCGGCCGUCGCUCAGCCCGUGGAAAGCCACGUCGCCGUCCAGCCCGUCAGCAUCGUGGAGCAGCAGUACCAGAACGGCGAGUCGGAGGAGAACCACGAGCAGUUCCUGAAGGCCCUGCAGAACGCCGUCACCACCUUCCUCAACCGCAUGAAGAGCAACCACAUGCGCGGCCGCAGCAUCACCAACGACAGCGCCGUGCUCUCGCUCUUCCAGUCCAUCAACAACAUGCACCCGCAGCUGCUGGACAUCCUCAACCAGCUGGACGAGAAGAGAUUGUACUACGAGGGUCUGCAGGACAAGUUGGCGCAGGUGCGUGACGCCCGGGCCGCGCUCAACGCUCUGCGGGACGAGCACAGAGAGAAGCUGCGGCGCGCCGCCGAGGAGGCGGAGAGGCAGCGGCAGAUCCAGCUGGCGCAGAAACUAGAAAUCAUGAGGCAGAAGAAGCAGGAGUACCUGGAGAUGCAGAGGCAGCUGGCCAUCCAGCGCCUGCAGGAGCAGGAGAAGGAGCGGCAGAUGCGCCUGGAGCAGCAGAAACACACCAUCCAGAUGAGAGCGCAGAUGCCGGCGUUCUCCCUGCCUUAUGCCCAGAUGCAGUCUCUGCCCCCCAAUGUUGCGGGAGGGGUGGUGUACCAGCCCGGUGCGCCGCCCAGCUACCCGGGCACCUUCAGCCCCGCCGGUUCAGUAGAAGGCUCGCCGAUGCACAACAUCUACAUGAGCCAGCCGGGGCAGACCGCUCCUCCACAGUACCAGGCCAUGCCCGGCGCUGCCACAGAUCCAAAUAUGGUGAAUGCGUACAUGUACCAGGCUCCAGCCACCAACGGGCAGCCCGCUCCUCCCCCCGGCCAGGCCCCUCCCAACACCAGCCCCCCCUACUCCAACUACCAGCCCACACCCACACAGGGCUACCAGAAUGUGGCCUCUCAGGCGCAGAGUCUGCCCCCCAUGUCCCAAGCGGCCCCCACCAACGGUAUGGGCUACAUGAGCUACCAGCCGUAUAAUAUGCAGAACAUGAUCACGGCGUUGCCGGGCCAGGACCCCAACAUGCCCCCACAGCAGCAGUACAUGCCCGGCCAGCAGCCCAUGUACCAGCAGGUGGCUCCCCCUGGUGGCCCCCCGCAGCAGCAGCAGCAGGUGGCGGCGGCGCAGCAGGUCCCCCAGGCUGCACCGGGCAGCGCCGAGGCACAGCUCAUCUCCUUUGACUAAAAGCCCACAACGCUGCAAGGUCCGACACUACACCCUCCCUCCUGGUCUCUUCAGCCCCUCCCCCACUUCCUGCCCCCCCCGGACUCUGACGACUCCCUCUGGAAACAUUCUUCUCACCCUCCACCUUGCUGUGAUGUUGUGGCAAUGUAAAAUAUUGUGAUGAUGUUGCAGAACUGUCGCUCUUCCCGCCUCUCCCCCUCUCUGAAACGUGGGAUUACGCGGGUGGGCGGGGGGAGCUGCAGUGGAGCGGCCCCCACCACCCCUCAGCCUUCCUCCCGCUCCUCCGUUUCCUCCUUUACAGCUGAUAUCUAUGUAGUAUUUCCUUCUUAAACGCAUAACUGAUGCGCAGAAAAUAGUCAGUGAUAUUAAAGUUAAAACAAAUAAGAAAAUAUAUUAAUUUAGAAGUAAAAACAGAAAAAUAAGAAAACACAAGCAUCCUUUGUCUCAUAUUUUUCUAAAAGGAAAAUCUGCAUGUUAAAUUUCAGUUCUUUUUUUCUGGAAUGGGAGUGAUUUUAUCGCAGCGAGCGCGGGUCGUGAUGGACGAGUUUUGGUGUGUCGAGGGAGAGACGGAGUCGAGUCUGGAGCGAAAGGCACUAACACACAUCUCCGUCGGGUCCUCAGCGUAACAUUCCAGUUGUUUUCAGGUCAUCCUGUCUCAAACGGGCGUCCUAAAGUCCUGGCGCCCAUCCGUGCGCUGCCGCUUGGACUCUGUUUAAUCCUCACCGGUUGUACUUUCGUAGAUAAAUUAAUUAAAACUCACGGCUAGCCGCAAGAGAGUAGACACAGUGACGGCAGUCCGGGAACUUUACUAGCACCCCGUCUCCUAACCGAAGUGACUUGUGUUGCCAAACGUUCAGUAAUAUUGCUGCAAAGGGCGUCUGGACUCAACAUGUAAUCGACCGCAAACUACCGGCGCUGCAUCCUGCGACGAGAGACGCAUACAGGCGGGCUCUCUUCCUAAAGUGUACUUCACCUCCCAGACAUGAGGGGACGCUGACGGCGCGCUGCAUGUAUCCAUCACUCAUCUAAUCAGUGAUUUCUGUAACCCCUUCUGUUGCCAUCUGUGAACUUCUUUACUCCGUCAUACUGAUCUGUCUGACUUUAAAGUAAUUUUAAAAUUAUAUUUAAUAAAUAUCUGGUUCUUAUUGUCCAACC